AUGCUCCUACGACUUACCUGCAACUCAACAUCAAAGUCGUAUGGCUGCCUCCCAUCGCUAUCAGUUCCGAAUCUACUUGAGGCAGCGAUCAUUGUAUUGUAUCGACCAUUCAUACUCGAGGCCCCUCGAGAUGUCACGUUGGAGCACGAGGAGCCAUGGAGAGCAUUAGCUUGCCAAAAGACAAGGGUAGCUGCGUCAAACGCCUGCAGUGCCGUGACUUCAAUGAUGGCUGAGGAGCUUAUCGGCCUAUCACAUACUAUCACUGUCAUAGCACUCGUUCCGCCGAUGCAUGUUCACCUUUUUGAAUCAGCGUCUUCCAAACAACUAUCAAGCCAGAUGGGGAAAUACAAUCUAUCCCUGUGUAUGCUGGCCAUGAGCGAGUUGCGCAAGUCGUACAUCUCGGCAACUGCCGCAUACAAACUAUUCGAGGCGGCGAACAAAAAGAUUGAUGGGACAAGAAGUUCACGGAGGCCUUCUCACCAACCACAAGGUGACGCUGUCGUUGUCGACCUCGACGCGCAAGAACAGGCUUCUCCUUCACCACAGGAGAGCUGGCCCGAGGGCUACUCUGCCUUGUCAGCCAACGUCAUCUCAGACGCGUGGAUGUGGCCCAAUAUACUUGGUGCUCAAAAUGAGUUCUGGCUGGACAACCAAGAUCUUGUUGGGCUGUAUGAGCCUGGGGACUUCACACAGGCUCUAGACGGAUGGACAUGA